CCGAGACUUCGUAUUUGUUGGGGGUGCGAGGACACGCGCCCGGGGCAGAGAACCGAGGUCUGAUGCACGAUGCACCCCUGUGAUUCGUGCGUUGCCGCGUGCGGAGGCCCGGUUCUCCACGUGCAAAUGUGGGUGCUCCACACUCUCGUGCUUGGCAAAUGUCCUUUCAGGGUCGUUGGAGUUGGAGUGGAGCACGGCAAUUGGUGGAAGACGGGGGGCAAAUCGGACGGAAACAAUGUCGCUAAGUCCGCGAGUGACAUGCCAUGAUUUCAUGAUUCCUACCGGGGAGUAUAAUAGAGGUCACCCUGCCGCUCAUCUCCCACCUCGGUAACCCAUCACCUCCAGGCGCAGAGCGGCACAACAAGCAUUUCUAACUAAUCACGCCAACCAAUCGACAAAAUGGGUGACAGCAACAGCAGCACCGACAUGCGCCGCCUUCAUACGAACGAGAUCGAGCUGGGUCUCGUCGAGGCAGUCCAGCAGCACAUCUCCCGGAACAUUGUCGCCGCGAAGCCCGUCUCCCAACGCAGACUCGACUGGGAGCACUGGCGCCCGCGAUGGCUGCGUGAGAUGAUUGCCGAAGCGGUGGGAGUCUACUUCUACGUCUUCCCAGGUAUUGGCGCCAUCGCCGCCUUGACCAUCAACAAGGCCGAUGCUGCGUAUGGAUCGCUCCUGCAAGUCGGCUUUGCCUUUGCCUUGGGCAUCGCUUUUGCAAUCAUCACCUGUGCCCCCGUCAGCGGUGGUCAUUUCAACCCUGCUGUAACGCUCAGUUUGGCCAUCUGGCAAGGCUUUCCUUGGAAAAAGGUCCCUCGUUACAUUUUUGCACAGAUCUUUGGCUCCUUUCUCGCUGGGUUGAUGAUGGUCGGCUUGUACUGGCAGCAGCUCUCCGCUUUUGCCGACGCCACGCUUGCCGCUGGUGGAAGCUUGACCGGCCCUGGCUCUCCUGCAUCGACUCUGUGCUCCUUCCCCUUGCCUAGCCAGAGUCUUGGCCAUUUGUUCCUUAUUGAAUGGUUUGUCGACGCCUACAUUGGCAUUCUCAUCUGGGCAUGCUUGGAUCCUGCGAAUCCGUUUGUGAGCCCGUCGAUGGCUCCCUUUGCCAUUGGUCUGGUCUACGCUGCAAACAUCUGGGCUUACGCCGAUAUCACCAUCUCCACCAACCUUGCUCGUGACUUGGGCACACGCAUGGUGGCAGCAAUCUUCUACGGCCGUGGCGCCUUCACCUAUCACAGCUACUCGUGGAUCGCCAUCCUCGUCAACCUGCCGGCAACCAUCUUCGCCACCGGCUUCUACGAGUUCGUCAUGCGCGACAGUCUGAAGAAGAUUGCCGCAGGCCACGCAUCCCACGAGGACGGAGACGAUGGCUUAGCACGACACUUGACGAAGACGGGCACCGCCACGACCAGGUCGGUACCGGCGAUGGAACAGGGCUACACUACGGCCACGGACCACGCGGUAAAGAACGUAUAAUGGAGAUUAGAAUGAGAUGGAUAUA